AUGCAAGUGUCUCCAUAUGUGAAACAAGAGAUGGACGAGAUCCUUGCAAAGGAGAUGCCCCCGGUUACCCAGUGGAAGGCCGUUCUCGACUUGCUUCUGAAGGAAAGCCUUGCCUGGAAAGCCACCUUGGAGCCCAGUAUGCUACUGGUUCAUCAAUUGAACCGGUCCGCUUUAGGUGUGAAUGGCCACAAUUGCCAUUCGAAAGCAGCCGGCAUCUUGAAGGCGGGCUUUGACAAGUCCUACCUCCACUCCAGCUGCUUCCAGCUUUCUGAGAAUCCCGAUCUUCGGGCGAGACAGGUCGCCUUCAAUCAGAAACAGGUCGAACAAGCUGGCGGCUUGCUAGCCCCGGUGAACGGCACGGAGAGAUACCUCUCGGUCAGCUCAGGACAUACGACACAGUUCCUCAAAGCCCUUUGGGCUGGCUGCCGCACCAGCGAGGGUUCGCUUGCCACGAACGGUUUCUUGAGCAAGGAGGUGCUGUGCGGGAAGGACCCUGUCCUCCGGGAGGUGAUGUUGCACGGCUGGUCCUGGGUCAUCGUCUCUUGGGCAGUCGAAGAAUGCUAUCCGGAUCUUCCAAAGCUUGCGGAGCGAGCUCUGAACUCCAGCAACUCAGCCUUUCAGGCUCAGUCCGAGCUGGAACUGGCCUUGCACAUCCUGGAUCUCGCCUCAGGCAUGCAGCAGCCUGACUUCAAGGCUUUGGCAGCUGAAGCUUGUCAUGCCGGCCCCGUGAAGAACUACUCCUCCAGCAUAGCCAAGUGGCUUGGGUCCUACAGCAACAAAGGCGACUUCGCCAAGUUUCUAGGGAUCUUCACGAAGGAGUUCGGGGACAACUACAAUGUUGGGGAGGAGUUUUGGGUCAUGGCUGCUGGCAACAUGUUUGCUGAAGUGCCUCUGCUGAGGCUGGCAAUGCUCGCAACCAAUUUCACGGCGCCAAAGAACAAGAUCCAGGACGGAUAUGCUCGGCUCUUAACCCGAUCGGACUGGGACAAGUUGAAGGGCAACAAACUGCAGAAGCAGAUCUUGGAUAUGGACCAGAAGCUCUUUCAGGCUUACCAGAAGGUUGAAGCAAGCUUUUCGGACCUGGCAGCCAUCAGGGCUUUUGGCAUGCGCUUGAUUCGAUGCUGCAUGCACGUCUUGCAGAAGGAGAAGAUGGGCAGGGAGACGAAAGUGUUCGAGAGCAUGGACGAGAUCUUUGAGGCCUUUGAGGUGCAGCUUGGAAACAUCAACUUGGCCGCUGCAGCUCCUGCUGCUGCAGCUCCUGCUGCUGCAGCUGCUGCACAGCAGACUGCUUUGUCAUCUUCGUCGUCCACUGCGGGUGGGGCAGCCCAACAAGCGGGAUUGGUUUCGCUGGGAGAAGCAUACGAUGCUUUGUUCUUGGCCAAACAGAAGAUUGAGAUUGCCGUCGGGAAGCACUACACCUACCAGAACAAGCUCUGGAAGCUUCGAGAAGCAGACAGCAACCAGCUCGUGCUGGAGCUUCUUGACUUGUUCCAGAGCGAGGAGGUGACCAUCGAGACCAGCCAGUGUUGGAAACACUUGCGAAUUUCCAAGCUUCCUGCACCUGUGUUCACCGACAGGGCAUUGGCUGCCUCCAGAGAGCCGCAUGCGAGUUGCAGUACAGAGGCCCUUAUGGCUGAAGUGUGGUUGACCAUGCUGAAAGUAUGCCCAAAGCUUCAGCCCAAGAACAUUUGGAGCUUGAUCGGUGUGGUUAACAGCAGCCGGAAGGCUUAUGCCUUGAAGAAGAUCCCUGCCGGCGAGUUGUGCCUCUUCCCUUCAACGGAUGCCAUCAGCAAGAUCACCACGAAGGCACCCGCUGACAAGAAGAAGAAGAUGGGACAGAUCAGGUACAAAGAGGCCGAUUACUACAUCCUCCCCCCAGCCAUGUUCAAGACCUCCGAGGAUAACAAGGUUUCAGGCUGCAUUGCGCCAUACUGGUGGUUGGAUCCCGUGAAAGAGCCGUGCAUGACCUGGGAGGAGAAAAGUCAUGGUGGCAUCACUGCUUGGUGCUUGGUCAACAGCGAGAGCUUGGAUGAAGGAACCUUGCUCACUUGCCCCCAAGCAGAGGAGGCGGAGCCCGAGGCAUCGAACAUCAAGGCGAAUCAGAAGAAAUCUGCUGGCAAGAAGUCUGAGCCCCCCAGCAAAAAGCCUAAGAAAGCCUGA